GAACUGGUUGCGUUCACAUUAGGGAUUUUGUUAUUCGCUUCGAACAUUAUUCAGAUGUACUUUAAAUGGUAUCUGCAGUGUCUCGUUGUUUCUCGAUAUGAUCCGUCUUUGUUAAAGGAAACGCGAUAUUUAUGAGUAAUUUUACAAGAGUUUUUAGUGGAUUUUAAUUAGUUUAAUAUUUCUUAGUUAUUAAGAAUUACAAAAUGAUCUCAGUAGCAGAUAAAAGUUUUAAGAAAAACUUAUACAGAAAGGAACUAAAGAAGAUCAAACAUUUUAGAAUAUUAGAAUUGUUUCAUUUUCAAAUCUCGUCAUUGCAGUGGUGGUGGUAGCCACGAGAAAUGAAGUUCAAACGGCACGAAAUCGACAAGAGCGGCGGUGGUAAUUGUAGAGAGGCUGGAAAGGCGGUCUGUUGGAUGCGCACUCGGUCUCCUUGGAAACGUUAGCCGAAGCCAUUUUCGGUCCAAUAACUUAUACGCAUUCAAUACUACAAGUUCUGAAAUUAGCGAAUCAAAGAUUGAAUGAUACAGGCAUAAUUAUGAAUAAAAAUGGCUUGACUCAGAAAAAAAUAUAAAGUACAGUCUACUACUAGAUGCCGCUACUAUUCUUAUUGUACACGUUUUGUUAUCAAAGGAAUUACAUUUACCGCCAAAAAUUAUAAAGUGAUAAUAAGUAAGUCUGAAGGUAAAGAACCAUGAUUUGUAAAAAAGCCACUUCAUUUAUGGAAUUUUAAGCUUCAAUUUGUCCUAUAUUGAAUAUUAAUAUUUGUAAAUUGUUCACGACGACAUGGAUAGCGAUAAUGAAAAUUUCAAAGCUCUUGCUCAGUUUUUAGAAACUGAAGAAUUAGAUUUCCCAGAUAGUAACAUUAACAAACAUAAUUUUUUGGAAAAAAAGGAAGUCGAAUCUACUGUAAAACAAUCACUAAAUGAACCUAAAGAGCCUGCCAAAGGAACUUUCAGUGACUUUUUCAAAUCACUAAAUUCAGUUCAUAAACCUAAAAUUGUGGACUUGCAUGAACCGACAAAUAAGCAUAACACGACUAAUAAAGAAUCUACUCCCAAAACUCCAAAAUUUGGAUUUGAUCCUUCUGUUGAUCCUAUUUUUGGUUUACGAAUUAUAAAUCCCAUAUUAUCAUCACAAGCAAUAAAAGAUAAUAUGAGUAACAAAACUCCUGUUCCAGUUAGUAGAGUGAAAACCUUUGUUACUUCAGGUGAUAUUUCUUCAGAUUGGGUAAUUGCUGGUGUUCUAGUCAAUAAAUCUUUACCUAAGACUUCUCAAAAAGGUACUACUUUUAGUAUAUGGAAACUUAGUGAUUUAAAACCAGGAAUGAAUACAAUUACUCUAUUUUUAUUUGGUAAGUCACAUGCUGAUUUGUGGAAAACUGAUAUUGGAUCUGUUGUUGGUGUUCUUAAUCCUAAAGAACUUGAUUCCAAAGAUCGCAAAGAUGGAAUUACUUUAUCUAUUAACAGUGGUGAUCAAGUUAUGGUGUGGGGUAGAUCUAAAGAUUAUGGAACUUGUAAGGGUGUAAAGAAAAAUGGAGAAAAAUGUGAUAUGUUUGUUAAUAUUAACGAUUGUGAUGUUUGUACUUACCAUGUAAAAAGAGAAUAUAUAAAACACUGUGGUCAAAGAGCUAAUCUUGGCAACUCAAGACCAACAGCUGCUCAUAGUUUACGUGAUAAAGUAUUAGGUAAAAAUGAAGUAUUUUAUGGAGGAAAGAGUUUUGUUUCUACUAAAGCCAAUCAUUCUAAAUUAAUGAAAGAAGAUCAAGCUAAGCUUCAAAGAUUGACACCUGCAAAUAAACAAAAUACUGUUAAUUUAGCUAACCCAUUAAGUAUUCCAUCUUCUACUACAGUGGCUAGUAGACGAUCUACUGCUAUCCGUGAGUUUGUUGAUAACUUAAAAACCAAUGAACUUACUGGAUCUGGAAAAAAAAACCUAGACUAUAAAGAAGCCUCACCAAUGUGUACUUUUAAAGACUUGUUAGGUAAUUCAACUAGUUCAAAUAAUUUUGGAUCUCAAAGAAAACGAUGUGCUAAAGCAAAUGCAUUAGAAUAUAUCAAAUCUAAGGGACCUAUUCAAAAAGAAAAUCCAAAUUUGUUUGAAAAAAAUAAUGGAGGAAAAAAAAGAAAAAUGCCUGAAGAUAUUGUACUUGAUCUAGAAAAUGGAAAAAAAGUUGCAAAAGAAGAAAAAAUAUCUCAGAGAUUUUUAGAAUUGAUGAACUCUACUUCUCAAAAUCAAGAAUUAAUUGAUAUUGCUCAACAAGAAGCUGAAGAUAAAUAUUUUGAUGAUAUGGAUAGAAAAGAAAAAUUAGAACAAAAAAUGAUGAAUACUUAUAAAAUGCCAUGCAAAGCUGUUCGUUGUAUAGUGUGUAAAUACACAUGGUUUUCAGCGUCUGAGUGGUGUAAAGCACAAAAACAUGCUUUACGUGUAACUGAUGCAACAAAACGCUUUUUCAAAUGUGGGGAUUGCAAUUCUAGAACAGUCUGCUUAACAAUGUUUCCAUUAAUUUCAUGUAAGAAUUGUAGUAGCUCUAAAUGGGAACGAGCUCCUAUGAUGGCACACAAAAAAGUUGAUGAAGUUAACUUAAGUAUUCGUGGAGAUGAACAAAGUUAUCUAAGUGCCAUGCAACCCAAAUUAAGUCUUGGACUAUUGGUACCAAAUGAUAACUAAAAAAUUGUUGAUUAUAAAAAUUUAUGGUUACUUUAAAAUAUGAUGUAAUAAAAUCCCUACUAAAUAGCUUUAUCUAUCUAUAACUAUUAUAUUAAUUUUUUGUAUUGUGAAGCUUAAUAAGUCUAAUUGAAUUUAAACGAAAUAGACUUAAAUUAUUAGACUUAUAAUUUAUAACUGAUACAGUGAAUUAUUAAAAUUAUUAUAUUAGUAUUUAGUUAAAUUAUAUUUAUAAUGACUUUAUAAAAGUCGAAAGUUCAAUGAA